GUCUACAGAUGUAAAGAAUUUAUGUGACACUUGUAGUUAACUGCAUUUUGGUAGGUACAAAGAAUUUAGUACCAAAUUUAACAUACAUCCAACUCUAAGUAAAUCGGUGAAUUGGGAAAUUGUCCGAUAAGAAUAAGUUUCCUCUUGUCGAAUCAGUCUAAUGUAAAUAAAAGUGUCUCAUCUGUGAUCAAAACAAUGAAGAGCCGUAAAUAUGGAAAAGCCACGCUGCCCAUAAAUAGAAAUAAACAAAGGUGUAGGGUCGAUAUAAAAGGACAAUCGUUCAGUUGUUCUUCAACCAUGAAGUACUUAGCCAUCCUCGUAGUGUGCCUUGCCUUUUCAAGUUGCAACGCUAAAAAAUUGAAACGUUGUCGUCCUAAAAAUUGUAUAGAUGUCGAAGUGCAAAGGCAACAGCUGAUAAACUUCCCCUUUGGUUGCCUCAACACUGACUAUCUAAGCGAGUGGAGGAAGUGCGUCCUUCAAGACGAUCAAAGUGUCAAAUGUCUCCAGGAGAGAUUUAACAAGUGCACGAGGCAAAUUAAAAUUCGACAUGAUAAGGGAUGCGACAAAUGCGACGCCGUGGCACUGAAGAACAACAUCGAUCAACUUCAGAAAAUUAACUUCAGUUGCUUCUACAAAAAGUUUUUGGGAUACUUCAACGAUCAUUUAAGCAACGCAGACUGGGAUAAUGAUAAAUGCCCGGGGGCAAAAUUGAACAAAUUCUUUAAGGAGGCUUAUGCUAAAGACACAAGCUAAAUACGGUGUCUGCUUCAAACUGUUUACUUUUCUUUGUGUCUAUUUCAAUCGCUUUAAUAAAUUAUGUAGAGCUACC